GAUGCUGAUAAAUGGUGGUGAAGCUUUUUAGCAGGCAACAGUUGCAGCCAGGAUCCAACAAUAGUACUAUUAGGAAUAGAGACUUGAUAUUACUGUGCAUAUUGAAGGCUAUGAAGUGCUUAAAGUUUGCUUCGGUGGCUUGGAUGGCUUCUAUGCUGUUUUAAUGUAGGAAGUUUACUGGACAUCCCUUCUGCAUCAGUUUGCUCUCUACAGCUCUCUGAAUGUUUGUGAUUUAGGAUGCAACGGCAUCGUUUCGACUCUUACUGCUUACCGUGCUCCGUUUUUUCAAAUCUGCUUGUCUGCGUCAUCAUCUGCUUGUCAUCGCUUCUUCUUAACUUCGUGUCAUCAUGACUCUGGAACCCCACUACAUUGGCCGCCCUCAAACUUUAAAUUUCAUCAUGUAUGACCAAGCUGCUCCACUUAGAACACGUUCACUAUGCUUGCCCCAGUUGAAGGAGAUGAGACCUCGUCACAUUUCAUCUAACCUGGUUGUGAGGGCAUAGGAACCAUCAAAAAUUUGUUUCUGGAUGAUCUAAAAGUACACCCAAAGUGUAGAAAAGGAAGUAAACUGCACAUGCCCCUUUGAUUAUAAGAUUCGCUAUAUAGUAACAUACUUCUCAGGGAACAUUAUGGACUUGAUGUCCCAGCUUGUCAAUGAGACUUGGUAAAACUACUGCUCCAACCGUUAUGUCCUCAGGGCAAAAUAACCUUUUUUUCUCUUGCACAGUUUCCAGGACAUCAGACAAAGGCCCUCAGCAGGUCGCUAUUGAGGAAGUUUCAUGUCAGUAGACUUCCAAGUACCAACUACAAUUGCACCAUUCAUUAUUUUGUUGAAGCAUAAGGUGGAAACUUCAAAGUCAAUGGUCAGCACCUAAUUAAAUAAUUGGUUACAUUAUAUUAGUCAAAGAGAAGGAACGGGCACACAUAAGGUGGAAAUUUAAAGCCAAUGGUUUAAUUCAAAGUAUAAUGAUGAUAGAUUUGGAUGGCCGAUUGACUAUAAAGUUAGCUAUACGAUCUAAGGCUUAUCGAAGUUAGAUACAGGCAUACAAUUUUAGACAUGAGUGAAGGAAAUGUUGAAGCUUCCUUACUUCCUAAACUCGAUGAUAUCGAGUCACAAAAUGAGAGGCUGCUAGGAACUGGGGAAGGAAUUGGGAUCGAUAUCAGGAAAGCUAUUGUUGAUAUUAAGCAGUUGAAGUCAUUUGAAUUUCUGAAGUCGGCUUUGAAAAUCUUUACCAGUAAUACCAAGUUUAUGCUCUUUAUGAUAUUGUCUAUUCUUCCUCUUUUUGUUUUUAUGGUCUUUUAUGAGAUAAAACUCCAAAAAUCAUUAAGUUUUCUUUCAUCAAACCCUCUUCUAAUGCAACACUACCCCAUUUCUGUAACUAUGUACCCCUAUAAUUCCUCACUAAUAAAUAGUACUGCAUCAAACUCGGUAGAUAAUUAUCAAGGUGUGUUGUAUGAUGAUGAGUUCACUAGUUAUACAACAUAUACUGAUCAAAGAAGGGAGUUUUUCUUAAACACAUUCCAAUUUUCUCUCUUUUAUUUGCUUCUGUAUCCCUUUCUAGAGUUCUUUAGCUUGAGCUUAACUACGAAAAUUGCAUCAAAAGUUCUUGCAGCUGAGAAACUGUCAACUUUCAAAGAGUUGUUUCACCAGAAAGUUAAUUUCGGCGGUCCUUUUACAACCUAUCUUUGUGUUCACUUACUGUCAUCAACAACUUUGUUAGGUCUUUCUUGGAUAAGACUAUUGAGUAAAGUUCUCUUCUCAGGUCCUAGGUACUAUGAUCAGUCUAUAUCUUUUUGGUAUGUACUGUUUGUUGCACUUCAGUCAGUGAUGUUUCUAGCUUUGCUAUACAAGUACCUUGAUUGGAGUGCAUUUUGGAAUAUGGGAAUGGCGAUUUCUUGUAAAGAAGAACAAACUGGGGUUGCUGCGUUAGGAUUAUCAGAGUAUUAUGGCAGGCAUUGCAAGAAAACCGGGUUUCAGUUGAUGCUCGGUUUUUUUGUGUUUGGUAAUGCUCUGAGGCUUCCUUGUUUGUAUGCCGGAUUAUGUAAUGGAAGUGUGGCUGGUGUUAUGAUCACUUCCAUUGUUAUAAUGUCAGUUUCAAUUGGAAAUUUGGUGAAGUGGAUUGCUUUUCUGUUGUACUUUGAAUAUUGUAAGCAGCAAACGAUGGAAAAGAAGGUUGAUGAUCAUAAGCAGGGGAAAACUGUGAAAGCAACUGGGGAUUUAUCUUGAUAUUUUUAUUUAGUUUUUCUUUGAGGCUACCCUUUAUACUUUUAAAAUUGUGUUAUAAUUUGAUUGUUUGAGUUGUAGUCACUGCAGUUCGUGUUGGGCUGGUUGUUGCGGAGGGAGUUUAGUGAACAAAGUUCUUGUAAACUUGUGCUGUACAUUCAUGAGUUUAGUGAACAAAGUUCUUGUAAACUUGUGUUGGGCUAGUGUUGUUAUAGAAGGUUGUUGAGGAGGAGCGCAAAACUUUGCAAACUGAUGUAUAAUUGAAACAUCUCUUGUUCUGUUUUCGGAGUAUUUCAGUGUUUAUAGAAGUAAAAACAUUAUAUAGA